AUGUUAGAGAACGGACUGCGGAUUGAGGUCCAAUCUCCUGAAGCUCGCACAGCCCCGUCGACCACGCCUUCAAAAGUCAAGCUUCCAAAAAUGAACGUCGCUCAAAUGUUGCGUCCUGGUACCGAGAUGAACCCUCUUCACAAAAGCUUCAUGGAACAAAUUCAGGUACUUGAUAUUUGUUACCGAAAAAAAAGUCGAAUCUUUCGAAAAAAAAAUGAAGAGAAAUCGAAAAAAAAAUCUUUUCCCAAAAUUCUCCGAUUCAUUUUCAAAAGAUCGCUCAAGUUUAGUAAAAACUAUAGUUCAAACGUCAUCAGAUUGCCAUGAUUUCUCGAUUAAAUUAAAUUAAUCUAAUUGGUCAUUUUUCCAGUCAUCAAUUAAGUGUCUACACUGAAAUCGAACUAAAAACCAACGGCCAUUAUGAGAAAAUAAGUUUUAGGCAUGCGGCCCGCCAAAUAUUAAUUAAUUUGCUCACAAUGACAUUUGCAAAUAACAAGCCAGUCAUAGAAAUUCGUGUUGAUUUGAUUAUGGUCCUACCUCUAAUAGCAGUUUUAGUGAAAGAGAGAGCAGCUGCAAAUAACUGAAAUGCCCAGAUAACAGAGCCAUUUUGGCCUAGGGGAAUAAAGUGUGAUGAUGGCUGUUCAGGCUCAACUUUUUGCGGCCAACAAGCAGACUCCUGCGGUUUUCCAAGGUUUCCCGUCGCCUUUCACGAUUGCCGCGCUGACGAAGCACGAGAACAAAGAAGAAGACGAGAAAAAGAGCCCCAUCGGUUUGUGUACAAUCUGAGGAUUAGAUCAACUUUUCAGCUACAGGUCUUCUCGAUGGUUCUUGUGCUUCUGAAAGCCGUGAGAAUGGAUCUCCGUCUGACGGAACAAACAGUCCUGACGAGAAUGGCAAGCGGAAGCAAAGACGGUAAUAUUUUGAAGUUAUCUGACGAAGAAGUUUUCAAACUUUUGAUAUAUUUCUUUUUAUCUUUCUUCUUUCCAGGUACCGCACAACUUUCAGCGCCUACCAGCUGGACGAGCUUGAGAAGGUGUUCGCUCGAACUCACUACCCUGACGUUUUCACCAGGUAGGACAAUUGAAUUCAAUUAAACCAGCGGCCUCUGAAGGACGAAGUGCAUGCGCACCAGAUGGUGUUAAUUGCUCAGAUUUCCGUCGUUGAUAAUUAACAACACCCGAAAACUGUCAGUAAAAUUUUUUUGUGAACCAUGAAAUUACUUUGUUUCCCAAAGCAUUCUUUUUACGGUUGCAAUCAUUUUUCUGGAAAUGCUUUGCAAUUUUUUUGCAUUCGAAUAGUUGAUUGUUUCCAAUGAGUUUGGACAUAUUGAAGUAGGUUAUUUGUUGGAAUAUAGUUGAUGUGCGAAAAGAGAGGCAGCCCCACCUCAUCAUCGCCAAUUAUGCUAAAGCGACAAUAUCAAGUGUCGUUUCUGCGUGUGGCAGCUCUUAAUUGACGAUUGUUGUUGUCUGGCCGUCAGGGCUCGCCGAGCAACCGAAAUGAAGGGCGGCUUUUUUGAUAUAAAAGUUGUUUAUUUGAUAAUUUUGAAUAAACGGAAAAUCUGGCCUAAAAGAGCGAUUUGAACGUCGUACUUUUGAAAACUGGUACAUUGAAUCGGAGGUCGCAAACAGAAAGUGCAAGGAGCUCAAUCCAAAUAGGAAGUCGUAUCAGGCGCCAGGAGCAACGCGCGGCUCGAGACCACCUGUUAGCUCAUCAAUUAGCGCGCUCUCUUUAUGUAUUAAUUACCCACGGAAGCACGCUGGCAACCAGACCUACUGUCUCUAAUCCGAAAACAAUGAGCAUUGAGCAAUUGUCGAAAAGCCGAAAGGCGGCGCCAACCUUCUUCAAACGGGUAACGUCGCCAUUAAGCUCACUAAUGAGCAAGCUGUAAUUAUGAUUGCAAAGGGAUUAGACUCGAUCUUUCCAAAAUUCACCUCAUUAAAAAUCUCAUUCACGAACUUUUUGUAAUUCUAAUUUUGGCCUAUUUCAGAGAAGAGCUUGCAACCCGUGUCCAACUGACGGAAGCACGAGUUCAAGUGAGUUUUGCCGACUUUCUCGAAUUAUAACGUGACUAGUAUAUUAAAUCAAAUCGCGCACGCACUUUCACAAAUGAGUUAGAGAUUCCACCCAAAGCUACGGCACGCGAUGUUAUCGCAGAAACCCGGCCCGCUAAUCGUUAUCCUUUAAUAGCUCUGCAAGUAAUUGGCGUAGCGCAAGGAUUUUCGGAACAUCGCAAGAUGAAACCGCUGUUGCAGGUGUGGUUCCAAAACCGUCGUGCCAAGUUCCGGAAGCAGGAGCGCAGCUCGUCUCAUCAUCCGUAUCCGGGUGGUAUUCCUGGACCUCAUCUCAACGCUGAGAACCCCUACCACUUCAUGCUCAACCAGGACACCAUUCUGGCUGCUUUCAAUCAGCAGACGGCAGCUCAGCUCGCUUUGAGUAAGUUUCGGAAAGAAAAAACCGAUAAUCAAAGAAACUGCGAAUUCGCGACUGAUAAAAAACCUAUUUAUAGUAUCAUGCAAAUUUGCAGCCAAAAAGAGAAACUUCAGAAUAGUUUACUUUGAUAUUUCUACUUAUUGGAGAGACUUGUGCGGGAAAAAUAAAAGAUAAUGAAAUAAAAUUCAAAAUAAAAUGUCCAAGUUCUCUCCUAUCAUAAUUCAAUUCUUUUUUAUUUUUUGCAUCUAUGCCAAAGCAUUCGAAUAAAAAUGAAACUUAAAAAGGGAGAAAUUUUGAGUUGAUCAAUCAGAAAACUGAGACAAAAAUGAAAAUGAACUGCUAGAAGAAUCUACUCUGCUUUACAUUCUUGAAACGAUUGUUGAGAAAAAUAUCUCGAGAUACCGAAAAACCAAACAAAGCUGAAAAAAAUUCAGAAAGCAAAAAAUGAGGUUAAUUUCCAGCAGAGUCGAUGUUGAUGCCUCCGGUGGUGGGCAGAAGAUCGACAUCACCGUCGGUUCCCGUGUCGACGACGUCGCCAGCUCUGCCAGUCACGCCGACUUUCCAGACGCCCAAUGAGACGCUCAACAUGUUGCUUGGCGGGAUUCCGCCGCAGCAACUUCUAUACAUGCAGCAGCUCAAUAGAGCCAUGGAGACGCUUCGUUCUCAGCUGACGGCUCCGUCGACCAGCGGAGCCGGGGCAACCGCCGAGGUCGUCGAGGGGUCUCCGAUCAACACUGCCGCGGCUUCUUCUCCAUCUUCCACUGCCAGUCCCAACAACUUUGCUGAUCUCAGCACUCUCAUUUCGCAGCCACUCGCAUCUUCGUCGGAAGAGUCCAGCUCUCAGAGCAAGGAAAACUGA